AUGGCUCAUAUAAACAGAAAGUGUAAUAGAGAGUGGACAUUGAACUGUAGUCAUAUUGGCAAGGAGGCUAAUGCAGUAGCAGAUUGCUUGGUACACCAUGCAAAUAACAGAGAAUCCGUUUUUAUGUUGCUUCCUUCACCUCCGGCACAAGUGCAGGACGUUUUGGAUAGAGAAGUGUGUGCAAUUCUUGGCAGAGAGAUGAUUUUUGGGGUUUUAAGACAUUGGUCUUCCUUUGCCCAGUGCAUAUCAUAUUCCCUGCGGAAACAAGCACUGCACGGUGACAUGACGAGGUACGUGUGCUGUGCGGGUUACAUUUGUUGCAGUCUCUGCCUUGAGGUCGCCUGUUGCUUCAGCAGUUCAGUUUUGUCUACUCGCUAUCUUCUUCAAGAUGAGUACGAUAUAAAGACCACGAAAUGUGACAACUGCAUCAUUGCAUUUAUGGUAAUCCUUUCACAACUCGCAUGCUUAUGUCAUCUGGUAGCUAGUCUAACUGGCAAUGAAGAACUUGAGGAACUCGCAGAGCUAUUGACUUGUCUUUCUGAACUAGUCUGUUGCGUGGUCUGUGCUUGUAUGCAGACUCAGCACAAGAUUGAAAUGGACCACAGGCACGGUACAAUAGUGGAGGGUGAACCUGCUAGGAUGAUUCCUCCAGUGCAGGAGAUGUCAUGGUCUGAUCAGCCAGAGCCUCCAUCGCCAAACCAAGUUUAA